AUGGACGGGCAGUGGGAGAAGUGUCGAACAGUGCUGGUAACUGGUGCCAAUCGUGGUAUUGGUCUGCAGUUGGUCAAGGCUUUGGUAAAUGGCAAGUUUACACCAGAGGUCAUUAUUGCCACAGCGAGGGAUCCCGGACGGGCUGGGGAAUUGCAGGAGUUGGCGAGUAAAAAUUGCAGUAUCCACAUUGUGAAACUAGAUGUCAUUGAUCAGCAGGCAAUAUUUCAAGCAGUUCAGUGCACAUCAUCUCUUGUUGGGGAGAAAGGACUUAACUGUCUGAUUAACAAUGCUGGAAUCAACCUGAGAGAUUCCCUAGAGGAGGUCACUGUAGACACCAUGAUGUUAAACUACCAGAUCAACACUGUGGCACCGCUGAUGAUAAUACAGGCUUUUCUGCCCCUGCUGAGGAAAGCAGCAAAGCAGACUACUGGCUUUGGGAUUGGAAGGGCGGCUGUGGUCAACAUUUCUUCUUGCCUGGGCUCCAUUCAACACACUUGGGAAGACGGGGCUGAAUACAGAUGCUACCCUUAUCGUGCAUCAAAGGCUGCCCUGAACAUGGUGAGCAGAUGUGUAGCCUAUGACCUGGAGCCAGAGGGAAUUCUGUGCUGCUCUCUGCACCCCGGCUGGGUCCGCACUGACAUGGGUGGCCAGGAGGCCCCUCUAGGAACAACAGAGAGUGUGGAGGGGAUUCUAUCAGUUCUUGGUGGUGUUGACAGAAACAGCAACAGUCUGCUUUUGGACUGGACAGGCCAGAAGUUACCCUGGUGAUGCAGAUGUCAUACUGAAACCUCAGCUGCUCCCAAUGUUUUGGUAUUUGGAAUGUGAUGGGUGGCAAAUGCAUGUCAGAAUGCUAAAUAAACAAGGGGUUUAUGUAAUGACUAGCCGUGACCAUGUGUUCUUGGCAAUACUGCCAAGAUUUUCCCCAAACCUUCUACUGAAUGCUAAACGGCGUCACUGUGUGCUCUGGCCUCUAAGGAAUCUCUUGUCUCCCGUCAGAUCUUCUUAGAAAUGAAAAAUGUGUCUUGUCUACUCCAAGGCAAUUUUAUUGUUAAUUAUUACAGCAGCAUUUUAAUAAAUUGUCCAAAUAUCAAAGCUACAACAGUACACACACACACUUAAGUCCUUGUCCUCACCUGAUCUUCUUGUCCAGGUAUCUUGUAUAGUUUGUUGUAGUUGUCUAAGUUGUGCUGGUGUGGGCUAUUCUGUGCCUCCAUGGUGGCAUACCAAGCAGGCCACCUCACCACUGCAGGAGAGACAGUGUUUUAGUCAAGUGCAACUCUUCAUUUGUGUAUGAAGUAUAGUAUGUGUAUGAGGGCAUGCUUCUUUUAGUGUGUGUGCGGGCUGUGUGUAACUUCAAUCAGACAGUAUACCAUGGGGGUAUAACGGGGCUAUAAUGUCAGAUAACUAAACCAUGAGGUUCCACAAUAUCCAAGUUCCAUGUGAAAGGUUUUUAGAGGUAAUAUAUUGAACUCAUUUGCAGGUGCAGUUUUCAGUGGUUCAUAAAUGUUACAAAAAAUAUCUUGCUAACAGCACCUGGUAGUACCAGAACCUUCAAGCUGGGACUUCUUGCUAGUUCAAUGGUGACUUCUAUUCAUUCCAAGCCUUCCAUUCCAGUCAUUCCAAUCCUUACUCUGUCAAGUUGAGAGAUAGAAUUAAGUUUUGUAAUAUGACAUCUUUGUUUACUAAAGUUUCUUGCUCUGCUGCAAACCAACAAAACUAAUUGUGAUAGCCAUCACUUCCCUUUCCUGUUUCCCCUCUAGCCACCAUGAGGCUAGUGCACCCUCACAUCCUUUCCAGCAGGCAGCUUAACAUACACGCAUGCACAUCCACAAACUUCUUAGGAAAUAAAACUGCUACGAUAAAAAAGUAACUAUGUUUUUUGUUCCACACACACACA